AUGAACAUCUUGACGAAAGAGAUCUGCAAUACUACUGCUACUACUACUACUGCUCCUAAUUCCGGAAAAAUGGAUAGCCAAGUCUAUACACGAAAACUGCGUAGAUUAGUAAAAACAACCAGAUUACGAGAAAUAGCCAGAUUACAAACAGCAUUAUACAGUUUGAUAGAACAUUGGGAGGGCGAACUCCCGGAUCUCCGGAACUUUUUUUGGCCCACAGAAAUCGAUUUUCUUCUCACGGAGGAUUUGAGGCUCCAAAAUUCGAACCUCAACAAAAGUGGAGAAGUCCCCGGUAAAAAAGUCUCGCUCAUCGAAUUCGUCGUGCGCAGUGGCUACCAGGACGAGCUCUGCCACGACGAAAACAAAAAACCAUCACUGUUUCGUGCCACGGCGCUUCUCUACGCGGCCCAGCACAGUUUCCCUACACGGGUCUUCCACGAUCUGUUCCGAAUAUACAACAAAUUCGACGUGAACUACGAGGAUAAAAAGUCGGGAAAAACGCAUUUCCACGUGGCUUGUGAGUUGGGACUGUACGAGGUCAUGGAGGCGUUCCUCAAGUUGGGCCAGGAUCCGAAUUACCUCGGGCAAUCGAAAUCGAUCGAUCCACCGCUGUUCUUGGUCAUAGAGAAGGCCUUGUACGAGCCGCAGUUAGUCAAGCUUCUGCUGGAAAAAGGCGCUAAUCCGAAUCUGUCCUGCAAAGACGGAACGACUCCUAUGCAUGUUAUUGGCGUGACGGAGAACGCUUACGAUCUGGCGGAGCUAUUCUUCAACUUGUGCGAAGGCAACAAUAUUGUUGUGCACAUAGAUGCCCGACACAAGAACGGUGAUACACCACUACACAUGGCUCUGAAGAACAACAAUUGGGAGAUAGCUGAGCUGCUACUGAGACGAGGCGCCGACCCAAACGCGGCUAACAUGGAAGGAUGUACGCCUCUGCACGUUCUCGCCUGGAAAGAAUGCAAUCAUAACGUGACGAAGGUGUUGCUGAAUUUUUGCGAUGCCGAGGAUCGGCCCCUGCGCAUCGACGCUCGUGAUAAUGAAGGGCUGACACCGUUGUACACGGCCCUGCUCCAUAAGAACGGAAAGAUGUUUGAAGCGCUACUAAGACACGGCGCCGAUCCGAAUCAACCCACCAAAAGGAGGUGGACAUCUCUACACCACAUCUGCGGAGGUAACGAAUACGACCAGUGGUGGGCGAAUACGAUGUUCAAGUUUGCUGGAGAUAGGGUGCGAGUCGAUGUCCAGGACGAGAAAGGCGACACGCCGUUGCACCUGGCCGCGAAUUCCGGCAACGGAGAGUUGACCAAGCUCUUGCUGACGGUAGGCGCCGAUCCGAACGCGGCUAACAUGGAUGAAUGUACGCCUCUGCACCUUCUCGCCAGGAAAAAAUGUAAUCAUCACGUGACGAAGGUGUUGCUGAAUUUUUGCGAUGCCGAGGAUCGGCCCCUGCGGAUCGACGCUCGAGAUAGCGAGGGGCUGACACCGCUGUUCACGGCCCUGCUCUGGAAGAACUCGAAGAUGUUUGCGGCGCUGCUGAAACGAGGUGCGGAUCCAAAUCAGCCCAACGAAUGGGGGUGGACACCUCUGCACUACAUCUGCGGAGAUAACAAAUACAACCUGUGGUGGGCGAGUACAAUGUUCAAGUUUGCUGGAGAUAGGGUGCGAGUCGAUGUCCAGGACGAGAAAGGCGACACGCCGAUGCAACUGGCCGUGAGCUCCGGCAACAGAGACUUGAUCGAUCUGCUGCUGAGGUGA